AUGAACUGGAUCUUCUUGGAGGGUCUCCUCAGUGGGACUAACAAGUAUGCCACAAGGUUUGGUCGAAUCUGGCUUGCCAUUGUCUUCAUCUUCAGGCUCUUGGUCUUCUUGGUGGCUUGUGAAAAGGUCUGGGGCGACGAACAAAAGGACUUUGAUUGCAACACCCGCCAGCCUGGUUGUCAAAAUGUCUGCUAUGACCACUACUUCCCCAUCUCUUACACCCGACUCUGGGCUCUCCAGCUGAUCUUUGUGACUUGUCCAUCCCUUCUCGUGACUCUCCACGUUUCCUACAGAAAAGACCGGGAGCGUAAGCACCGGCUAAAGUAUGGAGAAGACUGCACACCUCUGUAUGAUAACACAGGAAAGAAACGAGGGGGUCUCUGGUGGACCUACUUUUUCAGCCUGCUGUUCAAGAUAACUGUGGAUGGCGUGUUUGUCUUCCUGCUGUUUUACCUCUACGAAGCUGCCUUCUUUCCUCCACUGGUGAAAUGCAGAGAAGAGCCAUGUCCCAAUGUGGUGGACUGCUACAUUGCGAGGCCAACGGAAAAGAAGAUAUUUACUGUCUUUAUGGUGGUGACCAGCUUUGUGUGCAUUUUCCUAACUCUUUGUGAGGUGUUAUAUCUGUGUGGGAAGAGGUUCGGGGAAUGCUGCAAAAAAGGACCUCGCUCCAUGAGAGACAACUCCUUCAUGAUGACCAGAGUUCCUCUGAGUGGUAAUGAAAACUCAGCCUACAAAGAACCGGUUCUGGAGAAGAGUGUGACCAAUGGAGAACCGGGCCAGAAGGAUAACUUUGCCUUUAUGUUUUCCUUUUUUUUUCUCUGCCUCCCCAAAUAUUCACAGCUUAAAAGAAACGUAUCGAAGCCUGAACUCAUGGAUUGGAAAGUUCUUCAGGGUUUUCUCAGCGGAGUCAACAAGUACUCCACUGCCUUCGGAAGGAUCUGGUUAUCGGUGGUCUUUGUUUUCCGGGUGCUGAUCUUUGUGGUGGCUGCUGAGCGAGUCUGGAGCGACGAGCAGGGGCACUUCGACUGCAACACCCGUCAGCCUGGUUGCACCAACAUCUGCUAUAAUCACUUCUUCCCCAUCUCCCACAUUCGCCUUUGGGCCCUCCAACUUGUUUUCAUCACUUGCCCUUCAUUCAUGGUGGUGCUCCACGUAGCUUACCGGGAAGAACGGGAACGCAAGUACCGAGCCAAGCACGGCGAGAACACUCGGCUCUACGACAACCCGGGACAAAAGCAUGGCGGCCUGUGGUGGACGUACCUGAUGAGCCUCUUCAUCAAAACUGGUUUCGAGAUCACUUUUCUCUACUUGCUCCACUACAUCUACGAUAGCUUUAAGCUGCCCAGGAAGGUUCAAUGCGAUGUCAGCCCCUGUCCAAAUCUGGUCGACUGCUACGUGUCCCGACCCACUGAGAAAACCGUUUUUUCCUACUUCAUGGUGGGGGCAUCCGUCCUGUGUGUGGUGCUCAACAUUUGUGAGAUAUUCUACAUGAUUGCCACCAGAGUGGUGAAUCGAAAACAACACGGCAGCAUCAGAAUUGCAUCGAGAAAGGUCCGCCCUGAAGUGAACUGCGACGCCUGCAAGUCCUCUCACGCUGAAUAGCUGAAGACCCUUUUGGGAAACUAAAAAUCAAGAAAUCUUCUCACGCCCCUUAUUAAUCACCUAUUUUUAUGCAUUAAAUGUUAAGUAGUUUCACCUUUGGCUUUCAAAUCUUUGAU